GUGUGACGUUUCUGUUUCAUGUGCUCUCGCGAAACUAAGUUAUUCUCUUCGUCACACACUUGUGACUGUAAGUGGAGUGAAACUUAAUAUAGUUUAAUAAAAAAUUCACAUUUACAUCACGUGGUGCUUCACAAUAAUAGUAUUCCGUGAAUUUCUCAGCGGAAUACCCCUAGACGUUUCGCAGACCAUCAAUUCUGUUUUUGUUACCAUAGUUUACGUUGUGCCGGUGUACUAAUUGUUUGUCGGAGUAACCUCAGAAUGGAUUGAACUGGGCUGAUAAAAUGCGGUGGUUUAAGAAAGGCGAGCCGCCGCGGCUGCUCGCCGUGUCUCCGGACGCCGAAAACAGAUCCACCCAUAUAUCGCCGGUACGCUACCCGAACAGAAAAAGCAGCGGCAGUUCGGUUGAAACCAACUUCUAUAACCUCAACGAUCAAAUAAUAAUAGUUGAGAAAUCUCCUCACCGUUGUAAUCACGGCAGUGAAACGCCGGUCUCCCGCCGCAUAUCUUUACAAAACGGCCCCACUUCACCGCAGGAGAACUAUAAUACAUCGCGUAAAAAUCGCGGCGGUUCUCUCGAGAAGGAAUACAUGGUAUUUCGAGAAAGACGCAACCCACUACUCGACAAAGUGAAGAACACCAAACUAUCUUGUUUCAAAUCCAACGGUCCUUUAAGGCAUGGCGACGAUGCAGCAUCUACUUCAGAAAGUGACUGUAGCGGCUUCGGUCACAUUGAUGAUGUAACUAAUUGUCGGUACAGUAACAAUUUUUCUGACGCCCACCUUGAAUUCGAGAACCAAAACCCUUGGGUGAAAAUGCCAAAUUACGACGACGAAGUAUUUUUUGCCAAAAGUGUAACUAGUCCUGUAGAAAGUCAGUGGAGGGAGGGAAAAUCAUUUAUCAAUAGAGGUACAAGAUGCUACAGCUCCGGUUCAGAAUGUGACCGAUAUCACGCUAUACCUAAAGCCGGCGCAAAAUUAUCAAAAUCUAGUGACCAAAUCUUUAAUGACGAAUAUGAACCAUUUGAUGAAGCUCCGAUAUCAAUGAAAUCUCAAUACAAAAAGACUGAUAAAUUAAAAACUAAAGAUGGUAAAGAUUCUAUUGGUCCUAGUUCAUGUCUAUCGGCAAAAAUACGAGCAAUGUCUGAUAGAUACUUAAAGUCUUCUACGAACAAAUUUUUCUCCAAGCUAUACAAACCGGGAGGCGAAGCUGAAGAAGACACUGGAAAUAUCGAAAAUGCAACCAAAUCAACUAAUGCUGUCAGUAAAAGUCGAAAAAAAAGAGGAGGAGUCAAGGCAAAAUUACGUAGCUUUUCAUAUGGGGCUUUACCGGGAUUGGACGAUUUCCAAAAAAGUCAUUCCGUCUUUCACGACGACGCGUAUCAAAUAUCGUGUGACGAUGAGAACGUUUUAAUACAAGACUGCGAAGACGCCGACUCGGGUAUUCUAGUCAACGAAUCAGCUACGUCAUCGAUAUUUGAUAGUGAUCGGAUAUCGUCUCGGUGUGAGAGCUCAGCUUCACAAGCUAAUGCACUAUUACCGUGUCACGGGAGAAGUGUGUCCGGUGAUCAAAACUAUCCAAAGCCUAGAAUAUCGGGUAGAAUGAGCCGAGAGCGGAGGGACGGUCCAAGACCACGGCCGCGACAUUCCCAAAGAGCACUUUCACUUGAUCGCAAGGAAAUUCUGAGGCGAAUGCCAAAAACCAAACAAAAUGAAUACGAUGAACCUCAAUACCUCCAACUGACUGAAAAACAAAAAAUGCGACAAAGGGAUGUGACGUUAGGAGACGCUGGUAUCCCUCCAAUACCACCGUGUAGAAAACCAACUAGAGGUAGUAAACCAGAUAAAAAUGAAUUUAAAGUUGUCAAAAUAGUCCGAAGGAAUCCAACAGAUGAAUUAGGUAUUUUUAUAGCCAAAACCAAGCUCACGGAUGAGGGUCAUAUCGGAUAUUUAGUUGCACAUGUAGUUCCUGGAGGAUUAGCUGAAAAAGAAGGCACUCUGCGCAUUGGGGACGAACUAUUGAACGUGAACGGCAGAAGACUUCGAGAUCUUACUAUGUCAGAAGCUAAAGAAGCCUUGAAAUCAGGAACUUCCGAAAUUGAUAUCGUGAUAUGCAGACAACGCGAUAAAUCAUCGACAGAACAAAGACAGCGCGAUUCGUCACACAGAAGCGCAAUCCUGAUGCGCGAAAGCUCCGUUGAUUACGAAAACGCAAUAAUAUUAGGAAAGGAAAAACGUAUUGAUAAAUAUGACGUCAAAAUAACUGGUCGACGUUCGCAGGAUGAGUCCGCGUGUAAUCGCAGCGCGCUAUCAGUGGCGGACGAGGUGGCCGACAGUGCGGCCAACGCGCACUCCCACUUCCUAAAGGGACAGAACGCGACUUACAGUAGUAUGAACAACAAACUGCUGCGUCGACAAGUGGUCAGCUAUGCCGGGGCCAACAAGGACGGGCUCGCCCUCAGUUGCGCCGUCGACAUUGCGAACGUGGACACAACGGACAGUGCUUCGGAGCGUGUUAAAGAAAAAAAUGACAGUGAAAUUGAAAAUACACAAAACGCAACGAAUUUCUGCACGCUACCCCGGAGACCGAGAGCGCCCACGCACACGUAUCACACGAUAACAUUUGAGAAAGGUCACGGGAAGAAACCGCUCGGGUUUACGAUCGUGGGAGGACGCGAUUCGCCGCGAGGUCCACUCGGCAUCUUCAUUAAGAGCAUCCUUCCACAGGGCCAAGCAGUCGACGAUGGACGACUAAAAGCAGGAGAUGAGGUGUUGGCGGUCAACGGUCAGGCGUGUCAUGAACUGGCUCAUGUAGAAGCGUUGGCACUAUUCAAAGCAGUCAGGUCCGGAUCUAUAGAGCUCAGAAUAUGUCGACGAGUCAAAACAGCGCAAUCUACCAAAGCUAAAUCAUGCACAGAUCUUCUGAACGACGAUGAAUAAAAAUAAGUACCCACUGAAUUAAUUUAAUUCAACAUGGCUUCAAAAAUAUGAUAACUUAUUACCUAAGUGGUUUUUGCUAUCAAUGACAAACUCUUAUCGGUCGUCCGUGACCAAUUAAAGUACGAAACGAAUAGUAAAAGCUCGGAAACUUUAAAAUGUAAGUACUAAAACCACCAAACGAAAUCACAAGCAUGGUUUUAGUAAAAACAAAAAUAAAUUUGUUUUAAUUGAUCUUCUAGUUUAGGAGGCCUUUAGGUUUUUAAAUGUGGUAUCUAAUAACAAUUACAUUGUUUUUUUUUUUGUUUAUCCUUCGUUGAAGCCAUGUUUCUCAGGAAAAACUGAAUGUAAAAAUGUUCUAAGGAAAACUGUAUAGUAAAUAGCUUAGAAUUAAAAUAAUAAUAUAGUUCGGUAUUAAACGACAAACGUCUCUUGUAAAAUUACAUUUUAUUUUAUUAUUACAUAGAAAUCUAUUAUCUCGUAGACUGAUAUUUAAUAAAAAUAGCAUUCUUAAAUGAAGUCAGUGGAUUUUAUGUUAAGUGUCUCGUUUUGCAAAUGAAAACCAGCUCUAAUGAAAACAGCUCUUACAUCGAAAUAAAACUCAUUGUAUUUAAAUUAUAUUGUUACGGUACUUAAAUAUUUUUGUUUCGAGGUAUAAUCUAAACAUAUCGUAAAUUUAUUUACUGUGAUGCUUAAUAAUAAUUAAGCAUUCACCGUAAAAUUAUUUUGAAAACUAUAAACUACCAUGAACUCAAGGGAUAUUUACACGGAGAUAGUUACUCGUCUUGUACGAAUAUCGAAGAAGCGGAAACAUAUUUUUUUAUAUACACGCUAAAUUGAUAUACCUGAAUCUUGUAAUCAUAAUUUCAUAUGAUAAAAAACGUUCGAUAACUCAACUGAAUGCGCACAAUGAACUAUCGCCGCGUAAAUGUGACUUUACCCUAAAUUUAACUAUUUC